GAGCGGGCCGGAGCGGACCCGAACGCGGCAGCAGCUUGUGGUUGGCUGCCGCUGGCGCCGCCUCGCUGUUUGGUGGGGCUCUUUUCCGUUGAGCAGCAGCUGGCGCUUGGGUUCGCGCUUCGGUGGUGGAGUGAGCACCAUGGAUUCCUCUCCAGGAAUGUCCCCCACCUCCAAAAGAUUGGCAGCCCCCCGUGUCUCAUCCAGAUACACCAAUUCUCCAACUCCAAGUCAGGGGGAUUCUACUCCUCUCCCUUCCAUCAGUGAGCGCCUGGCCUUCCUCCGUCCCUCCCGGGAGCUGCUGGAAUACUAUCGCAAGAAGAUCGCUGAGUUUGAUGAAGAACACGAGGACCUUUUGAGAAGGCUAGAGAGAUACAAAGGAACAUAUGAUGAGCAGCACAAACUACAGUGGGAAAUGCGUCAACGGGAACAGGAGAUUGCAGAGUUACAGAAGGCUUUGAGUGACAUGCAAGUUUACCUCUUCCAGGAGAGGGAACAUGUGCUGCGCCUCUAUGCUGAGAAUGACCGGCUGAAAAUCAGGGAGCUAGAAGACAGAAAAAAGAUUCAGCAUCUCUUGGCUUUGGUGGGAACAGACACAGGAGAAAUUACCUAUUUUCAUAAGGAGCCUCCACACAAGGUCACCGUUCCUCAAAAACCAGUCAAAUCCAGGGAUCCACAUGAACGGAGCGAUACUUACACUUCCAGAACAGCCGGCACUAAAAGAAGCACAUCAAAGCCAGCAGCAAAAGGAGAGAAACCAGAAAGUCCUGAGAGAUAUCACAGAGACAACCAAACACUCUUACUGCAGGUGGAGGCCCUGCAGGCUCAGAUGGAAGAGCAGACCCGGUUAUCCAAAGAGCAGCUUGAUGCACUGCUAGAGGACAGACGGAUUCACAUAGAGGAAGUGCAGGUCCAGCAUCAGAGGGACCAGGACAGGAUCAAAACCCUAACAGAUAAGCUCCAUCAGACUCAAAACCUGCUGUAUGAGAGUACGCGUGACUUCCUUCAGCUGAAGUUCGAUGCACGAGCCAAUGAGAAAUCAUGGAUGGCAGAGAAGGACUGUCUGCUGAGGAAGCUUGAUGUAAGCAGGGAUCAGUUUAUCAUCAGCAGGGAGCCAGAGAGAGAGAAGAAGAAGGAGAGAGACAUCAAGCCAAUUUCUCAAGCAGAAAGUGAAAUUUGGAAAGCACAGAGUGGAGAACUCAAGUCCUUACAGGAGCAGCUAACACAGGCGCACCGAUUGGCAGAUAUGUACCGAGAACAGUGUGUUGCUCUGGAGGGUGAGUUGGCUAGAAUUCGUGAAGAAGGAGAUGUUGGCCAAGAGCUUUUCAAGGAGCGCUCAGAGAAGAUGGGGAAGCGUUUGCAGCUAAUGACCCAACGAUAUGAGGCCCUGGAGAAACGGCGUAGCAUGGAGGUGGAGGGCUUCAAGAAUGACAUCAAACAACUUCGGCAGAGGUUGAAGGACAUAGAGAAACAGCUCUUCAAGGUGACCAUGAACAUUGGACCAGACCAGGACCUCGCAAUUCUGCAUGAGGUCCGUCAAGGGAACAGACGAACCCGGAAAAUUCAAGGGGAGCUAAGAAACCUGAAGGCAAAAAUCUACGGCUUGGAAAACGAGCUACGGAUUUGCUGACACAGAUGCAUCACCCAGCACAAUGGUGCACGGAACAUGACCAGUGCUAGGCUAGGAAGGUCACAUUUUCAAGAAAAACUUUCAUAAAUCUGCUUUCCGGCAUCCUGUGACAGAAACUUAAGAACACGUAACUUGCUGUGAAUCAAGGGUAUAUCAGUGUGCUGUGGGGCUUGGAUAGUUUGUGGAAAUUAAUGCUAGGUUGUGUGUGUGGGGGGGGAACUUCCUUUCAUCUUAGCAUGCCUUGCUCUACUGCUCUUUCCUAGUAGAUGAGAUCAUUUGUAGACUAUAUUGAAGUCAUAUUGUAACUUCUGUAGUGUUUCCAUAGGACAUGUUUACAGCCUCUAGGCACCUUCACCUACUGUUAGCACAGGGCAAAAUGUAUUGCUGUCCAGAAUGCAGCCGAACACAACAAAAGCUACAUGUGUAACUGAUAAUCAUGGAGAGGAACUAAUCCUCCAGGACUCAAAUAUUCUCUCCUGAUGCUGUUCAAGAAGCGAGGGACUGUAUAAGGCCCUGUUCUACAGUCAUGAGAACUGUAUUAAGAGAAGCUGUUUUUAAACAAAGACUAAACAUCAGAAUAAUGUUUAAUGCACCCAGGACAUAAUUUGCAUUUUCUAAACUAGAUCCCUACUUCAUCUAGAAAGUGUCUAUUUAAUUCUGCCUAAACACUCUGAAAUCCUAUAUAUCCUGGACAGCAUAAGCGUGUUUUCAAAUUGCUUCUGUUGGCAUGAUUCUCUGUCAGCCUGGACAGGCCAGAAAGGGAAACAGCCACAUUAUAAAGCUCCUUCUUUUGUGAGAUUUUCAUCUCAAACCUCCACAACUUUCUCUUACCCCUCACUCCAAAGCUGUGUUCCCUCUAACAUUUUUUUCACUAAAAGGUCCCACUGAAGGCACCAUCAGUUCAUCUCCACCAGUGGCGGAAGUCCU